UGUGAUUGGUCCAGAAGGAGGGUGGCUGUACAGUCAUAUUCUUCUGAAAGCAUGGCUCAAUGAAUGAACACUCUUCAUUUCAGGUAGCCAGCCAACACAACAUUGAGAUCACAUUUACAGAUACACAGACAGAGAAACUGCUAAGGUAACUGUGUCUCAGAUAGAUGGCUGACAAGCAGAUCAGUUUACCUGCCAAAUUGAUCAACGGGGGAAUUGCUGGACUGAUUGGUGUGACAUGUGUAUUUCCUAUUGACCUAGCCAAGACCCGUCUCCAGAACCAGCAAAAUGGUUCCCGUCUCUACACCAGCAUGUCAGAUUGCCUUAUCAAGACCAUCCAAUCAGAGGGGUACUUUGGCAUGUACAGAGGUGCUGCUGUGAACCUGACUCUGGUCACUCCAGAGAAGGCCAUCAAACUAGCUGCCAAUGACUUCUUUAGACAGCACCUGUCCAAGGAUGGUCAGAAGCUUAGCCUGCUGAGGGAGAUGCUGGCGGGUUGUGGUGCUGGUACAUGUCAGGUCAUCAUCACCACUCCCAUGGAGAUGCUAAAGAUUCAGUUACAGGAUGCAGGGCGGAUAGAGGCUCAGAGGAAGCUGAUGUCCCAGGCUGCAGUUAGGGCCCCUGGGGGCCCAGUGGAGUUGAGGUCCCAUACAGCAAUGCAGCUCACCCGGGAGCUGCUGAGGAGCCAGGGCAUUGCCGGGCUCUACAAGGGCCUGGGGGCCACACUCCUGAGGGACGUGCCAUUCUCCAUAAUCUACUUCCCCCUGUUUGCCAAUCUGAACAGUCUUGGUGGCCGUGGGGCUGAUGGCCCCGCUCCCUUUUAUGUGUCCUUUGCAUCAGGCUGCAUCGCUGGCAGUACAGCUGCUGUGGCAGUUAAUCCUGUGGAUGUGAUUAAGACCAGAAUUCAGACCAUGACACGGGGAAGUCAGGAGGACACCUACGGCGGAGUGACAGACUGCAUCAGGAAGAUUCUACGCCAAGAGGGUCCCUCUGCUUUCCUGAAGGGGGCGCACUGCCGUGCUCUGGUCAUUGCUCCCCUCUUUGGCAUCGCACAGGUGGUCUACUUCCUGGGAGUGGGAGAGUUCCUUCUCAGCUUCCUGCCUCAACAGAACAACUAGUAUUGCACUCUCACACACAGCCCACAUUGGAGCCAGGUAAUCUGUCACUUUCCUUUCAGACACAGCCCACAUUAGCCUAAGCCCUAAGGAGUUAGUCAGAGAGAGACAGAACGGUGUGUGUGUUCUAGACCAAAGUUUGUUCUCUGCACCUGUUGAGGGUGUUCUGAUAGGUCAUCAUUUAUUAUAUCCCCUACCUGAGAUGAAUUACAGUAAACAUUUACAUUUAGGUCUUUUUUAUAACUAUAUGAUAAUAAUUCAAUAUCAUUUCAAGUGUACUUUUAGUUGUGCUUUAUCAAGGUUUAGUCAUGGAAUUAUCUUUAUUGUUUUUACUAAGAUGAUGCAAUCAUGAUAUAUAAAUCUGUCAAACAUGACUGUACUGUAAUAUCUUCUGUCUGUAUUGAUGCUAUUUUUUGUUGUGGUUUUGUGGCUGUUUUGCACAGCUUCUGUACCUCUUUCCAAAUGGUGUUUCCCUCUUCAUCCAUAAAGAAGCUUUAGAAUUGCAUUCUUCUUCCAAGAAUGCAUUGAGUAUUUCAUCACAGUGAUACUAAGAUCUGAUCUGAGGUGUAUUCACUAUUCAGGAUUACCAAAGAUAACAUAAGAUGUUGGCAGAUGUUGGAAACGAUGUACUCAAGCUGUGGGCCUUGAAAGAGCCAACAUUGCCUGCAGAAAACGUCACUGGUUGGUGACAUUGGUGACUACACACCAAACACAAUUAGUUCCCCAGCCACCAUGUUGGCACCAUUUUGUAACUAGAUGUCAGUUCAGGGACCUGCCUGAAUUUGUCCGAUAGAAACUCUCACUUUUGUGGGCAAAAUGUUUUCUGUUUGAAGUAAACGGUUUCUGUUAGAAAACAUUUUGCAACAGACAAAACAUUUUGCAACAGAAUCUGCGUAAUGAAUACACCCCACGGUUCUGAGAGUGGCAAUUCACUCACAGCACUCAGCCAGAGUCAAGUCAUCAAAUCAAAAAGAUAAAAACUCACCCUUGACAUUUUUGCAAGCCCAUCGCCAUUAUCAUUACUGAAAGGUACAUUUGUAGACCCUGUAUGACCCUGUAUCAUAGUAACCUAGAUUCUAUAUUGUGCUAGUUCUUUCCUGGACCGUUAUUCCCUCUUUUUAGGAGGACAAAUGCACGUCCAAGCACUUUUAUGUCGCCACCCCUCUUCCCUCCCCUGUAGAUAUGGUGGGUGUUGGGUUAUCAGUUUGGAGUUGUGAAUAUGGAUGUGCACUGAAGGUGUAAAACAGACUGACAGCUAUUGUAUUAUUCAUUUGAGGUAAAAUAAGAACAGAAAAAAUGUAUUCCUCUCGUAUAUAUUGCUGUCUGAAAAAAAAUGAAUGGGAUUGUGCUA